GCGGCGGCGCGAGAUGAGGAGCGGCGGCGGCCGCCGGCAGUGAAUGGGCGUCGCGGCGGAGCGGGACGAGCCGCAGGCGCAGCCGGGGCCGGGGCCGGGGCCGGAGCCGCGAUGGCUCAGGAGAAAAUGGAGCUGGACCUGGAGCUGCCGCCGGGGAGCGCCGCGGCCCCGAGCGACGGGGGCGGCCUGAGGAGAUCCAACAGCGCCCCCCUCAUCCACGGGCUCAGUGACAACUCGCAGGUUUUUCAGCCUUACGUGUUGCGAACUCGCAGGAACAGUACAACAGUUAUGAGCCGUCACAGUAUGUUGCUGUCAUCAUCUCCCAUUCGUAUUCCUAGUAGUCGACUUCAUCAGAUCAGAAGGGAAGAAGGAGUGGAUUUAAUGAACAGAGAAACAGCACACGAAAGGGAAGUGCAAACAGCAAUGCAGAUAAGCCAAUCAUGGGAGGAAAGCUUGAGCCUGAGCGACAAUGACUUGGACAAGUCUGAGAAAUCUUCCUCCCCAAAGAGAAUAGACUUCAUUCCAGUUUCGCCGGCACCUUCACCUACAAGAGGAAUAGGAAAGCAAUGUUUUUCACCGUCAUUGCAAAUGUUUGUGAGCAGUAAUGGAUUACCUCCAAGUCCUAUUCCCAGUCCAACAAGGCGAUUCUCCAACAGGAGGAGUCAAAGUCCAAUCAACUGUAUCAGGCCUAGUGUUCUUGGCCCUAUUAAAAGAAAAGGUGAAAUGGAAACUGAAAGUCAGCCAAAGAGACUUUUUCAAGGAACAACCAACAUGCUUUCUCCAGAUGUUACACAUCUGACAGAUCUCAGUUCAUGCCUGUCUUCAGACAUACUUGAUGGGAGUAGCAGCAGUGUUGGCUCUUCCUCUGAUUCGCUGACUAAAGGCAGCAUAACCACAGAGUCUCCAGUAACGUGUUCAAAUUCAUGCUCUUCAUUCAUUUUGAUGGAUGAUCUCUCACCUAAGUGACUUAAUCAGUUCUGAGUCAGUGUUUGGCUGUGCUGUUCCCUUACUGUACACUCGUACAGAGAAACGAACUCUGAUCCUUGAACCGUUAACAUGAGGAUUAUUACAUGGAAAAUUAGUGUAACUGUAAUCCUUGGCAACUUUCCAGUGAUUUUGAUUUAUCCAUUUAAUGGACAUUGUAGGCCAUAUUAAUGUCUGGUUUUGCGGAUUUAUUUUUUAAACAAGAUGUCUGCUCAGAUUAUACUAACUUCUUGCUUUCAAGAACUUGCAUACACUUUUUGAUUCCGAGAUAGGUAUCUACCUAUUAGUGUUGCAAUUUUUAGGAAAAUACUUUUAUCAUUAUUGUGGUCACUAUGUCUAGGGAAAUAAUUUGGUUCAAAAGGAUUUGAAAAUACUAAUUUAUUGUCUGGCACUUCAACCAAUAAGUAAAACUAUUCUUGCUUUUUUUUUCGUUAGUCACUAGCCUCAAAUUCUUUUUGCAGAAGGGAGAAAACAAAUUUUUCUUAGUGCUGCUAGUCACUUUUGUUACAGGAGACCACAAUGGGUCUGGAAAUCUCACUCUAUUACAUUUAAAAAAAAAAACAAAAACUAACGACUGCCACUUUUGCCGUCGGUGAAGAAAUAACAAUAUUCUGCGAAUGAACGUGAUCGAAAUAGCUGCGUAGUUUUCUCCCCAGAUCCUUCGUCCUAUGGACUAUAUGAAAAUACGGUCAAUAAUCAGCAACGUUUGGCCAAGGAAAAUUAAUCCAUGCCUCGAUCUAAGACAUACAGUGCAGAUAACUAAGUUAUUUAAACUACUGUGUAGGAGAACAUGUAUGGCACCAUCAAUGUCUCCUGUGGCAUUGAGGUCACAGGUAUUUUUGUGCCUUAGGGGACAUUGUUACAGAAUUACGGAAUGUAAACCAGAGGGGGGGGGGGGAGGGAAGUCCUUUGUGUACAGCUUGUUUAUAGAGUGCUUACCAGAUUCUGUCGUCAGUGCUGCUUUCCUUAGCGUUCCUUUCCGAGGUGUGUGCUCCGUUGCAAGGUGCUGUGGGCAGUCCGAACCACGCUGUGAGAUGGCAGCCUACGCAGUGACUUUUGAAGCUGCUAUAGACAGCGUUUAUGCCUUCGUAAUGAGCAGGGCGAAUGGCAAAGUGAACGUUCGAUUUGUAAGGAGAGACCUUAAAAUUUAGAUUGAAUACAAGCUCUGCAAAUUUGUCUGGCUAAGGAGUUACAUUUGGACUAUGACUAGUCUCGAUACAGUACUUUGGUCAGUCUGAGGAAAGACAAUAGAGAUUUUACUUUUUAAAGACUUCAACGGGGCAAAAUAAAUCCGUUUGUAAUCUACUGUGUUAUGCUAUUUAUUAUUUAUAACUAUGUAAAAAGUCUGUGGUGAUGAAUUAUAGUAUUUUUUUAUGAUUGAAUAAGUUUUUUAUGUUCGGUAAUUGCUGGCUGGUUUGUAUUUAAUACGCAACAUUGUCUGCCAGAAUCAUAAGCUUCCAUUUUUGAAUGUUUGUAACAUAAUUGCUUUUGUUAUCUGAAAGUACAACUGAUCUUUUUGAAAGAAAAUAGCACUGAAUUUAAAGUAAGAUUAUGUGCUUUAAAAGUGAGCACAAUCUCUGGCAAUAUUGUCUGGCUAAAAAGGGGAGGGGGAGAACCAUAGUUUUUUUCUGUUCUGAAGAAGCCGUUGAGUUUCCAGAAGACAUGUACAUACCAGAUUAUUUUUUAAAGUGUUUUCAUUAAAUUGUAAGAAGUACCAUAAUGGGCCAACAGUGGCACUAUCAUUUGUAUUGUCAUCUUCACCUGUGGAGCAUUAGUUCCCCACCUGAAAUAAAUGUGCAUAUUGUAAAA